GUCUGCUUUGAAAGGCGGGCAAAUGGCCGGAGACCUCGGUUGGGUCGACCGCCCGGAUCCGGAAGCCCAGAAGCAAAAGCAAGAGAAAGACAAGGCGUCUCCGAAGCUGCCGCUUCCCAGCAGCGUGUUGAAGGCGGCCGUGGAGCUCGGCAUCGGAGAGCUGGGGGAUGUCCUCACCUCCGAGAUCGGGGAGCUUCAGCUACCAUUGGCCGGACAUGUCGUCAAGGUUGUUAA